GAACCAUUUGUGAAGAAGCACGGCCUACGAAAAGCUUUCUUUCUCGGUGCCAACUCUACCUGUCGCCAACAUAUCCAACAGCACUGGUUAGCCUACAAGACUGCUUGCGAAGCCGCGAACAUCGAGCCGAACCAUCGCUGUAUUCCUCGUGAUGUUCUG